UAAACCGCGAUUGCUCUUCCCCACGUGGAUCUCAGGCCCCAGGUUCCUUGGAGCCACUAAGGCGGCUGAUCUGCGGGCGGCUGAUCGGCGGGCGGCCUCCCGCUGGGUCCCGCUCCGGCCCGUCAUGAACCGCUACCUUGUGCCGGCGUCGCUGCUGGGCACCGCGGUGGGUGGCGCUGUGCUGCUCCGGGACUAUGUCGCCGGCGGGACCUGUCCGAGCAAGGCCACCAUUCAGGGGAAGACGGUCAUCGUGACGGGCGCCAACACCGGCAUCGGGAAGCAGACCGCUUUGGAGCUGGCGCGGAGAGGAGGCAACAUCAUCCUGGCCUGUCGAGACAUGGAGAAGUGUGAGGCAGCGGCAAAGGACAUCCGAGGGGAGACCCUGAAUCACCGAGUCAAUGCACGCCACCUGGACCUGGCCUCCCUGAAGUCCAUUCGAGAGUUUGCUGCGAAAAUCAUCGAAGAGGAGGAGAGGGUGCAUGUGCUGGUCAACAAUGCAGCCGUUAUGCGGUGCCCACACUGGACCACCCAGGAUGGCUUCGAGAUGCAGCUUGGCGUGAACUACCUGGGUCACUUUCUUCUGACAAACUUACUGCUGGACAAGCUGAAGGCCUCAGCCCCUUCGCGGGUCAUCAACCUCUCAUCCUUGGCCCACAUUGCCGGGCACAUAGACUUUGAUGACCUGAACUGGGAGAAGAGGAAGUAUGACACGAAAGCGGCCUACUGCCAGAGCAAGCUGGCCCUCGUCCUCUUCACCAAGGAGCUGAGCCGGCGGCUGCAAGGCACGGGUGUGACCGUGAACGCUCUGCACCCUGGUGUGGCCAGGACAGAACUGGGCAGACACACGGGCAUGCAUAAAUCUGCCUUCUCCAGCUUCACUCUUGGGCCUAUCUUCUGGUUGCUGGUCAAGAGCCCCGAGCUGGCGGCCCAGCCCAGCACCUACCUGGCUGUGGCGGAGGAACUGGAGGGCGUUUCUGGAAAGUACUUCGAUGGACUCAAAGAGAAGGCUCCGGCCCCUGAGGCUGAGGAUGAGGAGGUAGCCCGGUGGCUUUGGGCUGAAAGUGCCCGCCUUGUGGGCUUGGAGAUGUCCUAGGAAUUCUCUGUGUGGGGACAGCUCCUCCCAAAUCAUCUGGGAGCGGGCAUGGUGGACUCAGGAUGGAGUUGCAAGACCAACACUGACUGCCAUGUCCACGUCAGCCUCUAGGUGGCGGUAUUGACACUGAGCUUCAAGGUUGAGAAACCUGGCUGCUAUGCCCUCUAGGUGGCAGCAUUGGCCAAGCCCAAAGAUUAAGGAACUUGGCUGCCAUGCCAGAAACAACCACUAGGUGGCAGCAUUGACCAAGAAAUGCUGACUGCCAUGCUCACAUCACCCUCUAGGUGGCAGCAUUGACCUUUUUUCUGGCCACUGGAUUGGCCUACAGGUGGGGUACCUGACCCAGGGGCUGGCUGGGGCGAGGUAUCUGGCUGUCACAGGUGAGCCGGGUUAUCAGAUGCCGGCUUUGAGAAUCUAAACUGGGAACUACUGAGGGAGGAGCCAGCUCUCUCUGAUGUGGGCCACAGUUGAGGAUAAAUUGUUGGGCAGACACAGCCAAGUUCAUGGUCCCCUGUGGGACUUUGUACACCUCCAGACCCCUUUCUGAGCCUCUGUUUCUCUGAUUGUAAAAUGUGCAGAAUCUCUUGACUACCUCAUAGGAUGGUGUGCUGAGCAUUUCUUGCCAGGGAAAGUUUACUGAGGGUCUUAGGGUGCCUGACUCUGGCCAGGUGUGGGGGUUGGGGGAUAGUUAUUCAGAGAACAGGCCCAUACCACCGGGUCCUGUAUCCUGAAGCCAUGCCCCGGACAAGUGAACAACGCACCAGCUUCUGCUGCUGAGUACCCAAGAUGCCUGGGGUCAUGACCUUCUCUAGCCCUGUGAACUCUCAAAUUUGUUCUUUAAGGAUAAUAAAAAAAUCUAGCGGAGUCAUAGGUUUUAUUUUCUUCCUCUGUGCACGUGGGGAAGUGCCAAUGAGCUGAACAAAAACAAGUCAUGUAUUUUUUCCUUUUGUGUAGCAGAGACAGCAGUUUAAACACUACCAAGCCAGUAACCUAAUCAGAUGUUUACACGUUUAGAAAUGUGGCCCUGACCAAGUAGCUCAGUUGAUUAGAGCAUUGGCCCCAUAUGCCAAGGUUGCUGGUUCCAUCCUUGGUCAGGGCACAUACAAGAAUCAAUCAAUGAAUGCAUCAAUAAGUGGAACAACAAGUCAAUGUUUCUUUCUCUCUUCCUUUCUUUCUCCAAGAAAAAAAAAAAGAAAUGAAAGGGUCCCCUCCCACCUCGGGACAGUUGUUGAAGUCUGGGUGUCUUCUCUAUCAGAAAUAGGGCUGCCACUCUGCUCGGGCUCAGAAUAAAGGGGCAGAAGUACCCAAAGCUCAGUAGUGAGGAUAAAUGUUUGGACAUUAAAAAAUUUAAAUUUUGAGGGACUCAUGGAGGCCAGGGGAGCUGCUUCACAUCCUGCAAUACACUGAACAGCACAGAAUGUCCCACACCUGGUGCUGGCAGUGUGGGGGAGGGGAGUGGUGGGGGCGGAAUCAGACAAUCUAACGCUUUAUAAGGGCAGUCAGUUUUCUUACUUUCACCACAUUGCAUCAGAGUAGCUGAGGAUAUGUUGGAUGAUGUGACUGUGGCAGGCAGUGCCUGACACCACCCUCAAUGGUCCCCAUCUCCCCAUGUUCCAGAAAAUCCACGAUCACUUCCCUCCUUUAGAGUCUGCUGAUCAGUAACUUUAUUUAUAUAUUUAUUUUAUUUUUUUUAAACUGAGUUUAUUGGGGUGACAUUGGUUAA